CUGUUGUUGAGUUUGUUAUGACAAGUCGAGGCCUCGGACUAAAUUAGGAGCGAAGCCCCCGUGUCUGUCCGGGCGAAUCCGCAAUGGAGGGCAUGGACCUGGACCUGGACCAGGAGCUCAUGCAGAAGUUCAGCUGCAUGGGCACAACGGACAAAGAUAUCCUAAUAUCGGAAUUUCAAAGGCUUCUCGGGUUUCAGCUAAACCCCGCUGGAUGCGCCUUCUUUCUGGACAUGACCAACUGGAAUUUACAGGCAGCCAUCGGCGCUUACUAUGACUUUGAGAGUCCCAACAUCAGUGCACCGUGCAUGUCUUUUGUAAAGGAUGUGACAAUUGGUGAGGGCGAAUCAGUUCCACCUGACACACCUUUCACAAAGACCUGGAGGAUACAGAACACAGGUGCAGAGUCAUGGCCGCCCGGGGUUUGUCUGAAGUAUGUAGGAGGAGAUCAGUUUGGUCAUGUAAACAUGGUGAUGGUGCGCUCUCUAGACCCCCAGGAAAUGACUGACGUUAGUGUGCAGAUGCAGAGCCCUGUGUCUCCCGGCAUGUACCAGGGCCAGUGGAGAAUGUGCACAGCUACAGGACUUUACUAUGGAGAUGUCAUUUGGGUGAUUCUGAGUGUGGAGGUCGGAGGUCUCCUCGGCGUCACACAGCAGCUUUCCUCCUUCCAAGCUGAGUUCAACACCCAGCCUCACCGCAGCCUGGAAGGAGACUACAACCCCUUUGCCUCACCAGAGAAGAGCAAGUGCCCAAACAGCAACAACAACAGCCUCCACGAUGACAGCGGCCAUAGAGUCACAGAGGAACAUUGGCAGGGAAACCCAAACCAGCUGCAGCAAGACCAGAAUGGACUUUCACACAACUCUGUGGAUAUAGUAGCAAACAGUCUACAAAGCAAUCUAUCAGUAGUCUCUUAUAACCAGGGUAUACAGGAGCCCUAUCCUUUUGGCCACUCUUAAAUCAUGGGACUUGUCACAGUGAAGCAGCACUAAAAUCGUACCUCUGGAGUCUGUCACACCAAUAAGAGAAAGAAGAUUCUGUAUCAGUAGCUGGUGAAGAGUGUGAAGAUUCAAAAACACUUUAUGCAAAGUCCAGUUACACUUUGACAAACCAGAGGCCAACGCUCCUGAUGUGCAGCUCAAACAACAUCCCGCACCCACUGAAUGCACGUGUGAAUGCUAAGUUAAAAAUGAGUGCUAUGAGUCUUUUGACUGAUCAUUUUGUUUUUCUUUUCUUUCAGAUUUUUUUUUAGAUGUCAGAGUGCACAUGAAACGAUGACAGGAGAGUGUGUUUGUGAACUUUUUGUGUAGAUGUAUGUGCAUUGUGCAACCUGAAAAAGAGACUUCGGAGGAAAAGCCAUUUAUUUUGCCAACUGAUUCUCCAGUUUCCGCUCCGACUUUUGGUAUAUUGAUCGGGUUUGGGGACCUUCGGGUCUCUAUAUGACUAAAUGUGAUAAUGUGGGCGUUCCUGAAACAUUAGCUUUUUAAUCUUAACUUUUAAUGUACCAUUUUUAAAAGAAGCAACAAUUUACAGAAUCUCAGUUAAAGGCUAAUCACCUUUACCAAUCUUUUUCCACACAGCUCAAGCAAUAUGGACAAUAUUUUCUAUGCUGGUGGUACCUGCAAUUUUAGAAGCAAUGCAAUGUUGCUCCACUGGAGGGAGUCAGCCAUUACAGCUAGGUUUAAUGUGGGUAAUGUUUUUCCUUAAACAUUUUUAAAGCUAGAAUUUAGAGCCAACAAAUUAAUUAUGUCUUCUGGAUGCUUUUGGAGCCACUAACUAUAUGGAGAUUAGAAAAAGCUGUAUGACACUGAAUCAUUGCUGACACCUAGAAAAUACACAUGUAUGAAACAGUAGAAGAAUAUUAUCAGAGUAUUCAUUAUUAGUAAAUCAUCCCUGUUCAUUGUUGACAUCUAAGAUUUAGCUCAGUUUUCCAUGCUGGCAUAAACAAUACUCAAGGCAACAAGAUUUGUUUAAAAAACAAAACAAGCAAAAAAAGACUUCAACUUUAAAUUUAAAGCUAUCUUGGACUUGUUUUUUUUAACAUAUUAAGUUGAAUGUAUUUGAUGAAUGUAGAAGAGGAUAAUGUUUUAGGAAAGUAUAUUAAUUUACCCAAAGAUUCUAUUUGCAUCGAACUGGCAGUUAUUUCAGUGUAAUUAUUGUUCUGCAUUUUCCUAUCUCUUGUCAAAAUUAUGCAUUUAAAAGUUUACAAGUGGUAUCAUUGAUAAUUCACAUUUAUUCAUAUUUAAAUUAUUUUAUCUCUGAUGAAAUUGUAGAAUGGUAUCUUUGGAAUUGUUAUUGUAUAUUCACUUAUUAACUGGCUAAUCUAUGCACUGAGUAAUGUGAUGUCCAUGACAAGGUCUGUGCAUAUUUUCCCUCCCAAAAGUACAGUUGAGUCCUGAAGGGGUUAUCAGCUCUGUGAUUUUAUCUCUCAUCCACAGCCAAUGUGUUCGACCACCUUGUCAGGUAAACAACCUUUCUAUUGAGGCACUAACUGUAAGCCCCAGAGGUCCUGAGCCUUGACAGCAAGACAAUACCAGCCAAUACCGCAAUUAGUCACGAGGACCCCUGGGCUCUUGCUGUUUCAUACAACAAUGCGAUUUUUUUUCUUUCAGUAACAAGAAUGAUAAAUGUUUCUCUGUGCCGUCAGCGGCAGUUACUGUCACUGUCAGUUCUUCAAGUGCAAAGUGUGCUUUGUUCUUCAUGUAGUAUCUCUGAAGUUUCCACUGGCCAGAUUGCAGAAUGAAUCAGUUGGCAUUAGACUCAUACAACAGCACAUUGACAUGAGUGAGGAAGUGCAAACAGAUGAAAGCUUUUUUUCCCCUUUGUAUGCCUGGUGAAUGUUUGUAUGAUUAAAUUAUCACUGAAAAGUAA